AAAGAUUAGGCUGGAAGUCAAGCUUGUUAAGGUGGCCCCAGAACUCCCGGCGGGAGGGCCCCUGCUGCAGCAAAGGGUCUCCAAGAAGAGAAACUCAGGUCAGCCCAGUCACCUCCUGGUUUCCUCUCCACUCUGGCCCCUCUACCCCGCAGGGUGCUGGCAGUCAACUGAGGAGGAGCCCCCUUAAAGAAGUGGGCGUGCAGGGAGCCGGAUAGCUGUGUGGCUAUAUAUCUGUGCAACGGUGGUCCUCUGGCUCAGAGAUGGCACUGACCAGGGAGCUGUAUGCCACCCCUGCCUCCAGGCUGGACUCCUUUGUGGCUCAAUGGCUGCAGCCCUACCAGGAGCAGAAAGUGGAGGUUCUGGAGGCUGUGCAGACUGUGCAACAAUUCCUGAGAGAAGAGCACUUUGAGGGCGACUGCGGACUGGAUGAGAAGGUUCGGGUGCUGAAGGUGCUCAAGGUAGGCUCCUUCGGGAAUGGCACAGCAGUCAGGAACAACUUGGAGGUAGAACUGGUGGCGUUCCUGAGCUGUUUCCACAGCUUCCAGCAAGAGGCCAAGCACCACCAAGACAUUCUGAGUCUGAUAUGGAAGAAGCUGUUGUGUUGCCAGGAUCUGCUGGCCCUUGGGCUCAAGGACGUGGAAAUCACCCAGGGAGACCCCGAUGCUCUUGUCUUCACCAUUGAGACCAGGAGGACGGCAGAGCCCAUCACUGUCACCAUCGUGCCUGCCUAUAGGGCCCUGGGGCCUUCUGUUUCCAACACUCAGCCACAUCCUGAGGUCUAUGUGAGUCUGAUUGAGGCCCAGGGUUACCCUGGAUAUUUCUCCCCAUCCUUCAGCGAGCUGCAGAGAAACUUCGUGAAAUAUCGGCCAACCAAGCUGAAGAGCCUCCUCCGGCUAGUAAAGCACUGGUACCUGCAGUACGUGAAAGCCAAGUGCCCCAGGGCCACGCUGCCCCCUGACUAUGCCCUCGAGCUGCUGACCAUCUACGCCUGGGAGAUGGGUACUCAGGAAAAUGAGAAUUUCAGGCUGGAUAAAGGCUUCACCUCAGUGAUGGAACUACUCCAGGAGUUUAAGUUCCUCUGCAUCUACUGGACCAAGUACUACACAUUCCAGAACCCAGUCAUCAAGGAUUUUGUCAGAAAACAGCUCAAAAGAGACAGGCCCAUCAUCUUGGAUCCAGCCGAUCCCACCCACAAUGUGGCAGAAGGAUACAGAUGGGACAUAGUCGCGGAGAGGGCCUCCCAGUGCCUGAAACAGAACUGUUGCUAUGACAACAAGGAGAACCCAGUUCCCAGCUGGAAUGUGAAGAGGACACGAGACAUCCAAGUGACAGUGGGACAGUGGGGUUACUCAGAUUUGAUUCUUACGGUGAACCCUUAUGAGCCCAUAAGGAAGAUCCAAGAGAAGAUCUGGGAGAGCCAGGGGACCUUGGCCCUGAAGCGUCUGUCCUUCCAGGAGCCUGGUGGCAAGCGACAGCUCCUCAGUAACCAGUGCUCCUUGGCCUAUUACGGCAUCUUCUCCAACAUUCGUCUCUGUCUGGUGGAGGCCACCUCCCACGAGAUCCAGGUAUUUGUGAAGAAUCCUGAUGGGGGGAGCCAUGCCUAUGGCAUUGAUCCCAAAAGCUUCAUCCUAGGCCUGAAGCACCAGAUUGAAGACCAGCAGGGGCUGCCCAGAAAAAAGCAGCAGCUGCAGUUCCAAGGUCAAGUUCUGCAGGAUUGGUCAUCUUUGUGCAGCUAUGGGAUCCAGGACGGUGACACCCUUAUCCUCUCCAAGAAGAAAGCUGAAAGCUUUCCAUUUCUGCCCCACUAAUCUGGGACUCAGCAUAUCAGCCACUUCCUCCAGCUCUCACCUGGGGAGGUGCCAUGUCUUCACCAGCUUUGUAAAUAGUUAGCUUAGCCCUGCAAGUGGGAGAAUGAGGAGGGAUGUGAGACAUUUCGUAUACAAUGGACAAUGGCCAGACCACAUAUGACGAUAGGAUUCUGACCCACACAACCUCUGCAGUCCCCAGCCCAGGAAGCCAAACCACCACCUUCGCAGCAAUCUACCCCCAGUCAUCAGGACUUGGUCACUAACUGCCUAAUUCCACUGCACUUCCAACAUAGAGCCAAUCAGAAAAAGGCAAAUAAGUUCCCUAACCAAUCACAGAGGACAGCCUGCUUCUAGUUAGCCACCUACUGCUUCCCCAUGCCAACAGCUUCAAUCAAGAAGUGAAGAGAAACCUCCUCUUUUUUCCACUAUAAAGCUUUCUCUGUCUUGGAGUCUCUGCCAAUUUGCAGGGAACAGUGGCUGGCUCCCUUGUAAUAGAAAGCUAGAAAUAAAUAAUCUUUGUUUAAUCUC